AUGGUUUACGACGCCACGCUUCGUAUUCCCGGUGACUUUUUCCCGACUCCAGCCAAUCCUCCCCUCGCUGACCUGACCUCCUACGUCGACCGCUUGCGCAACACCAUGGCCCAACUUCGCCCUCAACCGUCGCGACCUUGCACACGACCCUCCUUCCAGCACCCACUUCUUGAGUCCGCCACCCAUGUAUUUGUCCGGCAUGAGGGCACCCGCAAGCCUCCGCAACAUCCCUAUGAUGGACCAUUCCGUGUCAUCAAGCGCUCUCAGAAGCACUUCACGCUUCAGCUCGGAAACCCUCAGGACACAGUGUCCAUCGACCGUUUGAAGCCGGCAUUCUUGGAUCAGCCCGGAGAUCCCCCUUCCUCUUUCGCGUCGGUUUCUGCCCCCACCUCAGGAGUUGUUUCCCCCGUCGGGCUUCCCUGCUCACCGUCUCUCAGACCGGCCACCUCAGCAUCUACCCGCUCACCUCGCCACGUCCGCUGA